AUGCACUCGCUCGCUCACUCACAAUCCUCACCUGGGCGGGUGCACCCGGGGGACAUUCUCUUCCGCGCCAACCCCUGGGGCAAGCCGCAGGUGUGCUGGGCCUCCACCUUCAACCCUGCCUCGCCCAACCCACGCACCCAGCCCUGGCAGGCGCAUGAGAAGGAGGGGGCAAAGCAUGCAUCACAGAGGAGCAGCGCGGACAGCAGAGAGGCAGGGCAGGCGUCUGUGAGCAUGGAGAAGGCAGGUCACCCCUUGCAGUGGCGGCGCGAGGAAGCUGCUGAGACCGCCACGGGCAGGGAAUGCGGGAGUAAGCGUGCAGGUGACACGGUGACUAGUAGCAGCAAGAGUUCUCUUGACACCCGCCGUGAUGACUCGUGCACAACCAGCAGCAGCAGCAGCAGCAGCAGCAGCAGCAGCAGCAGCAGCAGCAGCAGCAGCAGCAGCAGCAGCAGCAGCAGCAGCAGCAGCAGCAGCAGCAGCAGCAGCAGAAGCCCGGGCGACAGCAGCAGUGGAGCAGUGGCGUUGCAUUUCAACGUGAGUCACACGGAGGGUCUGAUCGCCGUGGCGGUGACGGCCGCCAUGCCCGUGGGCGUGGACGUGGAGGGCACCGCUCGCUGCCCCCGGAGGGGCGUGCUGCCCGUGGCCCGCCGGCGGUUCGCCGCGGAGGAGGCGGCGUGGGUGGGCGCGGGGCGCGAUGAGACGGAGCGGCAGCGGCGCUUCGUGCACCUGUGGACGCUCAAGGAGGCGUACGUGAAGGCGCACGGGAGGGGCAUGAGCGCACUGCCCUUCCGCUCCUUCGCCUUCCGCCUCUCACCGUCGCACCAAGCUGCCCUCGCCCUCCACCACGCCCUCGCUCCCCCUCGCCGCGCCCACCAGGCGUGGGCCAUAGGCCUCACCCACCACUCCAGCCCCGCCCCUCCUCUGCUCGCCUGCGACCAACCAUCCCCCGGUGCCUCCCCUGCCACUCACUCUUUGCCUCAUGCCUCGUCGCACGAGAUGCUCGCCUGCGAUGUUGAUGUGGCGCAACCAGAGAGCGCCAUGUGGCGCAGCAUGCUUGUCCAGCUGUCGCCAGCCCACGUGCUUGCUUUGAGCCUGGGCUGCCAGCAUCUGCCCCACCACCAUGCCUUGCGCCUGCAUGCGUGGAACACUGUUCCUCUCCUAAGAGAUGAGUCUGUUACAGACAUGUCGGGGCUUGGCAUCUCACUUUAG